AAACUUCAGUGGAUAGAUAAAAAAGAACCGUGGAAAAAUCAGCGCCCAAAAGUUAAACCAAUGUUUCUCAAUUUUUGUCUGUUGGUCAAAACCAAUUAAAUUGGUUAUAUCCAUGUAUAUAUAUCAUCUCUUCCGCCACCAAGAACCGGUAAUCCCUUUUAUCUACACCUAACCACCAAUGCAUCACAACCAUGUCUCUCUUCUCUUAAUCAACGAAACCCUAACUACUGGAAUUUCGACCACCACUACAUUCUUUAUACCUCUUUCUGCCUACAACCAUCACUUACCUUAUUCUUUAUUUUGAAACCCUAAUCUGCCCAUCACCUACCGCCUCCAUCGCCAUUAUCCUCAACCCCUACUGGUAAUCAACCCUUCACCACUACCGAACAUCUUCUCCAUGGAAACUUACUUUCUCCCGUGCACCCCUUUAAAGCAUACACUCUCUCUCUAUUCAGCAAAUUAUCUCCCCCUUUUCUUUAACCUAAUUUCAGUCGUCCAGUACAACGACACCAUUAGACGACUUAUCUGAUACCAUUUUGCACCCCUAAUGCUCCAAUACCAUUGUCACCAGAUCGGUGAAAACACACAAAUACAAAUGCACUUUGGUGAUUUUUUUUGUAUAUGGCAUGAGAUAUGGAGGUCAUCUUGAUACAUGCUUGCAGAAAAAGAAAUUCAAGCUUUUAGAGUGUUUUUGAGCUAUAUAAAUUGUGACCAGCCUUAAGAAAUAAUUGAAGAUCUUUAGGGCAUUAUGAACACCAACAAGAUGUUUACGAGUUCUAAGGGUAUAUAUGGACAACCAUUAAGGAGAUACAAGCCCAUAAGACAUCAUCAUGGGUAUAUAUGGACAACCAUUAAGGAGAUACAAGCCCAUAAGACAUCAUCAUGGCUACUGUGGCCAGGGCAAACUAUGGUUCUACAAAUAGCGUUUUUGAUGUCAAGGUGUUCGAAAAGGCUAAGAAGCGAUGGUUUUUCUUCGAAAACAAAUCAUUCAUGUGAAACUUAUUCUAGAUUUGCAAAACUUGUUGUAGAGGUGGAGAACCCAAAAGGAGAGCUGAUGGGAGAUGGGAAGAAUCAGUCAUUUACCCCUAAUGCUCAUAAUAUUGAAGCUCGAUUUUUGGAUAAAGAAAUUUAACUAAGUUUCUAUUAUUGUUUAAACUAACCAAAAACCAAUGUUUUAAAAACUGGUUUUUUAGUUGAACCGGUAUGGUGACCGAUUCCCGGUUUAACCUGUUCGACCGUCGGGUAAAUCGGUUUUUAUAA